AAAGUAGACUUCCAAGUCAAGGGCAGUCUCCUUGUGAUUUCCCAUGAAAUUAUUUAAAGACAGAGCAUAUUCCAAUUUCCAUCUGCUCAAUUCUCUUUGCCAAGUUACCUUCCACAUCCCUAGUAGCCAGGGAAAAAUAUGGCAGAAGCAAUUCUAAAAGGUGCUGCAGCUAAUGUUUUAUCGAGUUUGGGGUCUUAUGCGAUUCAACACAUUGGAUUACCAUCCGAUGUCAAAGUGGAGCUGAGAAAGAUGGAGACCAAUAUCUCCACCAUCAAAGAUGUUCUUCUAGAUGCAGAAGAGCGGCAGAUGAGCAACCGUGCUGUGAAAGGAUGGCUAGAAAGGCUCAAGCUCAUACUUUACGAUGCUGAAGACUUGUUGGAUGAGGUUGCAACUGAGACCAAGAGAAGGCAAGUGGAAAGCUUGAUGAGAAAGGUACACCACUUCUUUACAAGCUCAAAUCCACUUGUAUUUCGAUAUGUCAUGGGUUGUAAGAUAAGGGAUAUUGGGAAGAGGCUGGAUGAAAUUGUUUUGCAGAUGAAUGCUUUUAAGUUUGUUGUGAAACUUGUUGAAAGGCCAAUUCAAAUCAAUAGAAGGGAAGAAACCUCCUCCUUUGUGAAUACUGUGACGGUUAUUGGAAGAGAUGCCGACAAAGAAAAAUUAGUAAGGUCGUUAUUGUCCUCUGGUGAUGAGGAGAAUGUUGCCAUCAUUCCCAUAGUGGGAAUGGGAGGUCUGGGGAAGACCACAUUUGCACAAUUGGUAUACAAUGACGAUAGGAUUCAGAAACAUUUCACCAAAAGAUUGUGGGUCUGUAUCUCUAAUGAUUUUGAUUUCAAAACAAUCCUAAUUAAAUUAUUGCAAGCGGGUUAUCCUGAUAGGGACACUCGUUAUAGUAGCGAAGGACUUGAGCAGUUGCAAUACCGAGUUAGAAAUCUGUUAAGAGCAAGUACACCAGAAGAUAAGUUUAUCCUUUUUCUGGACGAUGUCUGGACUGAGGAACGUGUAGAGUGGAAAAAAUUGGAGGAUUUGUUGAUAACACAAGCCAGAGGAAGUAGAAUUGUUGUAACCACACGCAGUAAGAUGGUUGCUUCAAUUGUCAAAACCAGAACCGUGGAACCAUAUGAACUUAGAGGUCUUUCUAACAAUGAAUGCUUGGAUAUAUUGGUGAAGUGCGCAUUUAAAGAAGGGGAUGAGAGUAAGCAUCUGAACCUAGUCAACAUCGGUAAGGAAAUUGUUAAAAAGUGUGGAGGUGUACCUCUUGCAGCAAGGACCUUAGGAGCAUUUUUGUUUUCAAAAACAAAUGAACAGGAUUGGUUGUUCGUGAGGGAUAAUCAGAUGUGGGCUAUUGUACAAAAGGAGAAUGAUAUCUUACCGAUAUUGAGGUUGAGUUAUAACCAAAUGCCGUCAUAUUUAAGACACUGCUUUGCGUAUUUUUCAUUGUUUGAGAAAGAUGAAAUCAUUUUUGGAACGAAGUUGAUUCAUGCUUGGAUGGCCCUAGGGUUUGUCCAAAAUAUGGGCACGAAAGAUGAAUUAGAAGAUAUAGGUGAAGGAUAUAUUCUUGAGCUUGUAAGGAGGUCCUUUCUUGAACGAGAUUAUACAAUAGACUCUUUUAAUCCAGUUAAAAGGGAGAGAUACAAAAUGCAUGAUCUUGUUCAUGACCUUGCACAAUAUGUGGCAGGUAAUGAAUUCUUGACGAUUAAAGGUUCUAUUACCGAGGCAAUUCCUGAGACGGUUCGGCACGUAUCAUUUGAUUUGAAUACAGAUUGCUCGUUUCCAAGACCUUUGAUGGAAGCCGAGAAGUUGCGGACGAUAGUCUACCCAAGCAAUAGAUGGCGCAGGUUUAGAUCACCUGUUGAACCAGCAAUCGCAAGUUUUAGAAGCUUACGUGUACUAGAAGGACUUGGCUUGCCAGAAAAUAUAGGGAAAUUGAAGUUGUUAAGGUACAUAAGCACAAAUGCAUCAGCCGAUCUCCCAAACUCACUUUGCAUGCUAUUAAACUUGCAGUACUUGGAUCUCUCUGAGUCAAAUGUGUAUCGAUUGCCUGAAGAUUUCUGCAAACUAAUUAGCCUGCGGUUUUUGGCAUUGACGACAUCAUUGACGCGUCUGCCAAAACAAGGAAUCGGUAGGUUAACUUCUCUCCGGACGUUGUUCUUUUACAAUUGUUUCAAUUUGGAGUCUUUGGGUGAAGGGAUAGAACAUCUCUCUUGCCUUCGGGAUUUGGUCUUACAGAGCUGUUCUAAGCUGGUUUCAUUGCCAGCUGGCUUUAGGCACCUCACUUCCCUUGAGUGUUUGGAUAUUGAUGGUUGUGAAAGCCUUAAUUUAUCGGAGGAUGAUGAUUUAAAGGGGCUUAGAAGUCUUAAGAAAUUGGAAUUAAGGUAUCUCCCAGGGCUGGUGAAUUUGCCCAAGGGGCUUUUGGAUGCUGCUGCUACACUCACUCGUUUGGAAAUUGGAGGCUGUGAGAACUUUACUUCACCAUCAGAGUCCGUCCUCCCAAAUCUCCUAUCUCUUCAAUCACUUACAAUAGAGUUUUGUCGUCAGGUUGCGUCCCUGCCAGAAGGGAUGCAACGCCUCACUGAGCUACAGGAUUUGUGGAUUUACCGGUGCAGGCUCAACAACAGCAGAUAUCGUAAAGGAGGAGAAGACUGGCCAAAGAUCGCCCACGUAACUAAUAUUAAAUUUCAUUUAUGAUCACAGGUUGCCGAUAUGAAUUGCUCACUAUCUUAUGUCUGUUUUGCCCUCCUUUCAUGUGUAGUGGAGCUUGAGUCUUCUGGCUUCCUUGUGCUUGGUGCUGGUGUGCUGGGUGAUGGUAUUGCGGUUCUGCGUUUUUCAUUCUCAUCACAGUUGGUCGAUUCGUUUGGUGGUACAUGCACCGAGUCUUAAGUCUCAUUUAAUUGGGAUCAACUACAUGAUUUUUUCUCCAAUGCUCCUGUCCAAGGCUUCAUGUUCCGUAAUAUCGAAAAUGCCUAGGGCCUUUUACUGCAACGUAUGUAAUGCUGUUCUACAAGAUGGCAGUUGUUUGUUUUUUUGAUUUAUUUUGUGGAUUUACUGAUUUGAUUGGUGGACUAUCUAUAAUGCAACGGUUAUAUGUGCUUUCAUUUUCUCUCUAUGAAUGAACCUAUGUAAUUGGUUAUUUUGCUUUGUUUGGUGAACUACGGAUUAUAAUACUCUUGUGUAAUGGAAUGGUUAUUUCACUUUUAUUUUCUUCGAAUGAAUUGCUUAUAUUUUGUUGA